UAAAUAUUUCAAAAUGGUGGACACGUAUGUGCCAAAUUCUUGACCUACUUUCUGGCAGAUAAAAAUACGUUACAAUAUUUACAACUUUAAAAUGUCGGACUCAGAGGAUGAAGUCCCCGACAAGCAGUUGAAAAUUGUUAUCAUGGGGGACGGUGCCUCCGGCAAGACAUCCCUUGCCACUCGUUAUGCCCAGGAGCAGUUUGGGAAGCAGUACAAGCAGACCAUCGGUGUGGACUUCUUCCUGCGAAGGAUAGUGCUGCCAGGGAAUGUACAUGUGGCCCUGCAGGUAUGGGAUAUCGGAGGACAGACCCUCGGAGGGGCCAUGUUGGAAAACUACAUCUAUGGCUGCCAUGGUGCUCUGUUGGUAUACGACAUAACAAACCACAACAGUUUUGACAACCUGGAUGACUGGUUUGGAUCCAUCAAGAAAGUCCUGGGCAAGGAAAGGAUGCCCCACCUGGCUCUUGUUGGCAAUAAAAUUGACCUGGAGCACAUGCGCACUGUGAAGGUGGAGAAACACCAGAAGUUUGCCCAGGAGCGGAGCAUGUCUAGUCACUUUGUGUCUGCCAAGACUGGAGACUCGGUGUCUAUAUGUUUCCAGAAGGUAGCUGCAGAAAUUCUGGGCAUCAAACUGACCAAGCCGGAUGUGGAUCAGCACCAUCGCGUUGUGAAAGCAGAAAUAGUGAACUAUACCAAACAGGAGGAAAGUGCAGCCAGGCAUAUACCACAGACCACAACAAAAACAUCCAUCUGCUCUCUACAAUAGCCAUGCUUGCAUAGUUUUAAAUUUAUUGAAUUUAAUUUAAAUUCUGGAAAAAUGGGUCUUAAAGCAUGUGUGUUAAGUGUUGUCACAGAUAAGCUUGUGCAUUCUGCAGACUGCAAUAUCUAAUAUUGGACAACAUGUUAUCCACACGACUUUAGUUCCCUGAGUGCACCUCACAUAAUUUAAUUAUUAUGAAUUUCAGGGAUUUUAAAGAUGUCCUGAAAUUGGCUUCAAUGGGAAUUUGUAAUUUCCCAUUCUAUGGUGUAUUUGGGAUAGGUCUUUAGUCAUUGUGCACUUUACAGUAACAGCUCAGUUGAUGAUGUCAUUAAAUUCAGCAGUUUUGCCAAGAAAACUUGAUUUCUAAAAUUGCAACUUUAGAGAAUAGUUUGAUUCACAAAAAUCUGCUGAUGUCAGUUGAUGGAAUUGCAGGUUGUAAGUACAAACAAUGUUGUGUGUGAAUCAUUUAAGGUUUAGCAAUAUGUUUUAUAAAAAACAAUUGUGCAACUGGUUGUUUCUGUUGAUGAUACGGGGGUUAAACAUAGCUGCAUACAGAAUGUUAGUUGAGGGAAAGUUUGUAAUUUGCUUGCUCUCCUGCCCUAAGAUUUGUCAUAAUGUUUUAAGACACAUUUGAGCCUUGUAUAGUGAAAACUAGCCUUAAUACAAUGUAUGUAAAGUAAUGUCCCAGAUAAGCCUGUGUAUAGGGACAACACUUUUCACCCAGACUUGAUUUCUGUUUAGAAAAAACUUCCUGUUAAAGAAAAAUGGCAUAAAAGCAAAAUGUAUCGCAUGUGUUAAGGUUAAACUUCAACUUUUAAGUGAUGGAGUACUUUGUUUAUAGACUGGGCAUCAUGGUUGGUUUUGUUUACCAGGCGCUACAUGUGCUUUACUCAAGGAAUGUUGUUGAAAGCAUCUUGCAGUCUACAGUGUGAUACUGUCGGUAUUUGUUUAGUUACUAAAUAAUGCUAUUCUGUUUUUCAAUGAAAAAAUAGAGGCUAUUAGCAUUCAAAAGCCUCCGAGCAUAGGCUUUUUUUCUGAUAUAAUUCAGUGAAUUAAAAAAUAAAAUAAAGUGUUUUCUAUUAAUUAUAAUAAAACCAUGAAGAUACAACAACAUUUUUCUUCAUAAUAAUACUAACCUUUUCUGUAUGAAAUUAAAUGUAAUGUUCUUGAAUAUCAAUUAACGACUGUUAAGUCAUUUUUAUCCCACACAAAAUUGAUAGGUGUUAGCGAAUGUAUCAUAUUGAUUUGUCUUUUAUGUGUUGACAUUGUGACAUAUAUCAGUUUAUAAAGUUGUGUAAUUCUGUAACGUAAACUAGUUUUAACUCUGUAUGAUAACUCUUAACAUAAAUGAUUCUUGUGUUGAAAUUCAUGUGAUAGAAACUGAAAAACAGAUUAGUUGAAUAGAAGGCUUUGUUUGUAUAAAAAUAUCAACAUACGAGUCUCGCUUUUGGAAAACGGGUUUAAUGAUUGUGCAUUAUGUUUAAUGAGAGACAGGCUAAUCAGAGACGGCCUUUUCAUGGAAUUGUGUUUGAAACAGGGGUGUCAAAGUUCAGGGUUAUUCAUGAAAUCAGGAUUUUGGCCCUGAAGGACCAAUUUUGAUAUUGAUAUAAAUCAGAGGAUUUUUCCUGGAAUUUUAAGCUUAUUAUCACAAAAUGUCAACUUAAACACAAAUUAUUUUACUUUUACAUAAUGUUUACAAAGUUAUAACCAAAUAGUUAGCAAAGGUACAUGAAUUAUUAACCCUUUUUUUUUGCUCUGGUCCCCAAACGAUAAGCUUAUUUUCAGGAUUUUAGAUUUUGGCCAAUUGACACCCCUGUGAAAGGAAGUCUCUCUUUAGCUAAAAUCUAGUUUCAGCAGAAAGUGUUGUCCCUGAUUUGCAUUAAAACCUGUUUGUGUUUUAUGUUUCAUGACAUUCAACCUAUUUUAUCUUGUGUUACUAAAUACACAAACUAUGCAGGAAUUUUGCAGUUUCGAUUAUAAAGUAUGCUGCCAAUUGUUUCACCUUGUAGUUUUCAUGCCCUUAAAUCCUUGAUGAAUGACAUGUAAAAACUAUUAAUAGAUAGUAUUUAUCUAUGAAUGUUCAAUUCAUUAGUAUGAAAUUAUUAAUGUAUUUUAAUCAAUAGGGCUGGUCCCUUUCUGCUUUGUAUAGUAUGUCAGUAUUUUCUUCCUGUCCAAUGAUUUUGCUUGCUGCACUUUUGUCCAACCCUUUUGGCCCCUGUGGGACUGUAUAUGGCCCCUGUGGGACUGUAUUUGGCCCCUGUGGGACUACAUGUGGCCCCGCGGGACAUUUUGUUCACAUUUUGUAAGUAAAUUCUCUUGUGACUUCUCCUUGUACAACUAGAAUGUGUUCCGUUGUAUCAUAUUUUUACAUGUCUUGUGUUGUGAUAUAUUGCAUGUCCACAGGGUUCUUUCGCACAUGUGCUGUGUUUUGUUACAUAUCAUUUUUGUUAUGUCUUCACUCUAAGAUCACUCUUUUUAUCCCACUUUUACAGCGCAGUUCGGUUGAUAAAAGCCCCGUUGAUUAAAUACUGUGAAACCAUUUAUUUUCGACAGCACAAAAUUUCGUCAUUUUUAUAAAAAUGACGAUUUCGUCAGCACUUAAAUUCGCCGAUUUCUGAUUUUGAAUUAAAAAAAAAGCGUCAGUCAAUAUCCGAUUUGUGUGUAAUACAUAUUCGAGAAGUUGCGGAAAAUCGUGGUACGAAUGCGGAAACACACUUGAGAAUCACUGCAGGAGGUGGGGCCUGUUUGUAACAUGCCAAUUAACUAGUCUUUUGUUAUCAAGGGACAGUAACGGACCCUCUUAAUGUAUGCCAUUCACACGUUCAUUGUUAUGAUUAGCGGACAAGUGGGAUCGAAUAACCGUUAACGAGUGUUUGUAACAACGAAGCCAAUUGCCAAUUAGUCUUAUUCUAUUAUUAUAAUUGCCAUACUGAUAACAAUCGUACCUUUAUCGGCACCAAUUAGGGAAGGUGCGAACAAAAUUAUAAACUCUCUGUGUGUGUUUGUUCUUAAAAAGUAAACUACCGGUAUAUAAAUCAAUAAUGUCAAUAAUUUAAAAAUAAAUAAAUUGAUACAUAUAAAAUAGUAAUAAGUGCGGUUAAACGCAAACAAUCAAAUAACAAACAGCAAUUAAAAUAUUCUUUAUUAAUUUGUGAUAAAUACGCAUGUUGAUCACACAUCCUCAUCUUUUCAUUUGGUUUAUUGUCUUUCAUCGGCAUUCGCUGCGUGAUGGCUAAUAUGCAACACCCCUAAAAAACACAAUGCACCUAAUGGGUAAUUAAGUUAUAAACAAAUAAGCGCUAAUUCAUUACCAUUCUACAUAAACGAAGUCAACGCAUUCGAUACAGCUGUACUGCACACGCGUUUUAAAGAAGUGUAACGUGUCAGUUAAGUACCUUGUGUAAUCUACAUCCCUUUGUGUCAAAACCGGAUUAAUCUUGAUUAUGAAACAGCAGUGAAUGUGUGCAUGGAUUAUGUUGGAAUUUAAUGACUCAUGUCUACGGUAAAGUUUUAAAAUAUUGUUCAACUUAGUGUUUGUUUUUGUUCAAACAUAGAGCAUGAUUGUUCGUUAGGAUCUUAAAUUCGCCGAUCGGUCGACUGACGAAAUUUAUGAAAAUUAAUGCCUGACGAUUAAUAAUGGUUUCACAGUAUCAUAAAUAAUCAACUUCAGGGAAUGACGUCAAUAUUUCGACGAAAUGACGUCAUAAAUCCAGCGAAAUUAUCCAGUCUAACUAAUGUUGUUAAAACAAAAAAGGUUUACAAAAUAAAAAGUGGGGUAAAUAGAAUAAUAGAUUAGUGUUGAUUAUACAUCAGGUUUAUCAUGCUCAGCACGAUAACGAAAAAGCACUCGCCAAGGCUUGUGCUUUUUGUUUUCUAAGCCUCGCAUGAUAAACCUGAUCUAUAGUCAACACUAACCUAUUAUUCUCUAUGAAACUUUUUCUUGUGUUAUUUCAAAUAAAAUUUUUUGCUUAUUUGAUAAAACAGAUUUUGUCAUCUGAUUAUUUGAUACAGUGGUAGCAAAAUUGAUACUAAUGUGUUUCUAGCACACAAUCAUCUUUAACUGAUGAUUCUUUUAUUCAUUGUAGGUAUACAUGACUACCUCAUGAGCCUAAGUCUGGAAAGCUUGACUUAAUGCACAUGCUUAAAGUGUCUCUGAUCAGCCUGUGCCAACUGCAAAGGCUUAUCUGGAAGGACACUUACUGCAUGUGCAUUAAGCCCAGUUUUCCCAGAACGAGGUUCAUAUCAUCUUCAUUCAGUAGCCACACUGUAUGCAGUAUUUUAGAUUUGAAACAUUUUUGGUUUUAAUUUCCUUAAUAUAGGGCAGUUGCACAGAAUGAACUUUAUUUAUGAUCUUUCACUUGCAGAUUGGAGUGUUGAAUGUAUUGGUUUAUAGCAGCUGGCUGCUUUCAUAAUCUUAAUUAAAUUGUAUAAUGUGUUGACAUACCACCGUGUUUGUAGAUGACAUGAUUUUCUUUUUAUCAUAUUAAUUAAAUGAGUUGCAACCACUUGAUUUUCUUACAAUAGUUUGGCUCAGUUAAAACAUGUAUACAAUGGAGUUCCUGUUUCUCUCUAUUUCUUUUCACUUUAUUUAAGGAACUUGUUCACAGUUUUUACAUUUUUUGCUUACAUGAGCAAAACAAACCCAUGGUGGGAUUUUGUGAUCACAUUUUUUUGGUUGUUUGUCAUGGAUCUUCAAUAUUUACCUUGUUUUCAUGAAUUCUGGUCAGAACAUUUGUCUAUGAUACCUCUGCCAUUUGAAACUGGGUCACACAGGUUCAAUAACUAGGUCACUAGGUCAACUUAAAGAAAGCUUUCGAACACUCUGGAAGUCACGUGUUUUCCCCAAUCAUUAUUAACCUUGCUCAUAACAUUUGUUCUUAUGAUAUGUCAGCUGAGGUCCAUUGGCUGCCAAGGCUGGGAGCAGUUUUCCAGAUAUUGCUGUAGUAAAACAUAGUGACCACUCUAGAGGUCAAAUUGUUUGCCCAAUCAUCAUGAAACUCGCUCAGAACAAUAGUUAUAAUGAUAUAUGGAUAGAGUUGGAAAACGGGCCCUUUCUUAGAAAAAAACAUGGCUGCCAAAGUUGGUUUAGUUAUAAUUAUAUUGCAAUUGUAAACCUUAUGAACACUCCCAAUUUUUGUCAAACCAUAAUGAAACUUGCUUUUUGUCAUGACAUCUUGACAUAGAGUAAGAAAAUGUAUCAGUUCAUUUAAAAGAGAGCUGCUUGUGUUGGGGUGGCAGUUUUCCUAAAACUAAAGUAAAAUAUUGCAAACAAUGUACAGUUAAGUUCAUGUGGGUCUCAGGUGAGCACCUUAGGUCCUUUGAUCCUCUUGUUUGAAGUGUAUCAUUACACUAUACAUUUAGUGCAAUCUAGGAUUUCAGUAUUUCAAUUAGAAUAUAAUUUAACCUAAAAAGUUGUUUUAUGUUGAUCCCACCAUGAUUCAAACAGAAUUGUUGCCUUGAUAAAAAUGUAUUUGCCUUCAACUCUUGGCCAUCUUAACAAUUAUAUUGCAUCAUGCAUAUGAAGUUCAAGUUUAUAUAUAUAAGUUAUAUCAGGGUUCUCAAUAAGAGCCGGCCAUAUCGGCCUUUUGAAAUCAGAUUUUGGCCGGUUGAAAAUUGCUCAGAAUCGGAAAAUCGGCAAUUGACUUUUCGAAAUGUGCUGUCUUUUUGGUACUUUGCUCCUUUUUGCUAUUAAGCAAAGACGUUGCUUGAUUAUCUCCCUUAACGCAUUACAACAACAACAACAAUUAAAAAGCGCAAAUUGGAAUCGGUCAAAAACCAGUCAAAUAUUUUGACGUUCCUUUUAUCACAUGGUGAAUUUUUGUUCCUGAUUGCUUGCGUUCUUUGUGUUAAUGCAAAGUUGUUGUUGUUGUGAAAGUUUAAUUCAGUUACGUUUCAAACUAGAAGUGUCACGCAAAAUGUGCAUGGUAGAAGGACGAUCAAGCCUAUUCCCCAUUCCUGUAGGGCCGAAUUAAGGCCCCAUUCCCAAUCCAAAAUCAAAGCUUUUUCCUUAUCUGAAUAAAGUGUCCCAAUUGGAACCUUGUGCAAAAAACACCAUCAAAAUCGUAAAAAUUGACCCUAAAAAUGCAAUUAAGUACCUGAAAGUCGUUUUAUCUGAAUUAUUUAUCCGCAUUACUUUAUUUGUGAAAAAUCGCAUUUUAUAUGAGUUAAAAUCUUACAAAAGCAAAAGAGCUUUUUUCAUUUAUCUGAUGUUAGUUAAAAAAGCUAAAAUUCAUAAAAUGCACAAAAAAGCUCAAAUGUAAAUGCUUUGUUGACCAUUAAAAUAGCCAUGAAAUGGCCCAAAAUGCAUGGAAUCGAGUGCUCAAUUAAAAAAUUUUAAGGGAGAGCAGGUCCCCGGGCCCCCUUAGAAGGCCAGUUGGUUUUACAUUUUGGACUGAUGGCAAAAAAGUUAUUGAGAACCCUGUAUAUACAUGUUGGCGCAGAUUGUCACAAAAAUAACAGAAGCACUUCAAUUAUUUCAUUGUUUCAUUUCAGUAACUCUUGAUAAUAAUAUCAAUUUCAAGUGUUGAAUACUCAUACAUGAAGAGGUAUUUCCUGUUUAUGUCCAUGUCUGUCAUGUAAUUUUGCUUCCUUGUGUACAAUAUUCCUCUCUCUUUUUUAAUCUUUAAACAAAUUUGGAAUAAGAUCACUUUGUCAAACUGUGAACAAGUCCCUAUAGAGCAGUCUGCAGUUAUUCUUCAGUUGCAGGAAGAGAUCUGAUGUUUCUGUGCUCAUAUCAUCAGGGAAUGUUGAUUUUUUUUAAACUCAUUUUUUGAAAAUUAGUUGUUAUGUGUACAUUUGAGAUAAGUACACAUACACUUUGCUUUUGGUUACAUUGCAUUAUGUCCAUAAAACAUUUUCAACUAUAUAAUAUAUGCAUGAUGUGUCUGAAAUGUAUUUCAAACUACUAAUAUAACUGAAAACUAUACAAAAUAAUGCAUUUAUUCAUUUUUUAAUGGUGUGUUACAUUUACAAUUGCACAUAUAAGAAUUAUCAUCUCACCAUUUGUGUAUAUAUAUUCAAAGGCUUAUCAUGUAUAUUGACAAGUCUUUGAUAUAUAGAGGUCCUCUGCAUUUUGUCUUUAGUUAGGUCUAUAUUGAAUAUUGCUGAUUUAAAUCUCCAUGACUCCUUCUGAUCUACAGAAACUAAGCGUAAUGUCUGUGUUGAUAUUGCAAGUUAAAAUGUCAAACUGUUAAGUGCUAAGUUAUUUUUGUUGUUGAUUGAAGCUUUAUCUCCUGUAGUUUCACUUGAAAGCAAUAUUGAGUUUGUUGUAGGGGUCAAGAAUACUAAUGACCAAUACAAUAUUAUUGUGAAUAUAUUAGUGUAUUUAUAGCUCUCCUGGCCAUAUGCCAGAAGAGCUUAUGGGAUGGCAUGUUGUCUGUCUGUCUGUCUGUCUGUGCGUGCGUUAGAUUUUCUCUUGUUUAUCCGAUAAAGUCCACAUUUUUCAUCCGAUUCUUUUCAAACUUGUUCAGUGUGUUGAUAUUAAUGAGGUCUCGAACCCUAUUGAAAAUGGGUUACAUCAGAGUAAAAAGUCCAGAAUUAUCUCCCCUUGAAUUUCAGAAAAUUGCGAAAUAAGGCUUGUUUACGCAAUAAAGUCCACAGUUUUCAUCCAAUCAUUUCCCAACUUGCACAGUGUCUUUAUCUGAAUGAGGAGUCAAACCCUAUUGAAAAUGAGCAAUAUCGGAGUUAUAAGUCCAGAAUUAUCUCCUUGAAUUUGAGAAAAAAUGAAAAUCUUUAACCUUUUGCCAUAAUUUUUGCAAUAUUGAAGAUAGCAUCUUCACAUUUGGCAUGCAUGUGUAUCUCAUGGAGCUGCACAUUUUGAGUGGUGAAAAGUCAAGGUCAUCCUUCAAGGUCAAAGGUAAAAAAAAUGAAAAUCUUUAACUUUUUGCCAUAACUUUUGCAAUAUUGAAGAUAGCAACUUCAUAUUUGGCAUGCAUGUGUAUCUCAUGGAGCUGCACAUUUUGAGUGGUGAAAGGUCAAGGUCAUCCUUCAAGGUCAAAGGUCAAAACAAAAAAAUCAAAGCAGCGCAGAAGGGGACAUAGUGUUUCCGACAAACACAUUUCUUGUUUGUUUACAUAUAAAGUUCUAUCCUUUUGAAACUUCAACGGAUAAUUUAUAUCAUCAAGGGCCAGAACCCCAUUGAGAGUGAAGAAAAUUUGUCCAACUUAUUGUUGAAAAGGAGCCAUUUGAAGUUUAAAUUUUACGUAUCUUCUUGUUCCCAUUUUGGAUCUGUUUGUAUAAAACUUACUCAGAUUGUUUAUACUAUCAAGGGCUUGAGCCCUAUUGAUUCCAGCCAGUAGAGCGAUUCAGGCCCUCAUGGGCCUCUUGUUUAAUUGUUGUUACAGUGAUUUAGAUAUGAACCUAUGUGUUAUGGAAUGUGAAAUGAAACUUUUGUCUUUUUAUCAUGAAUAAACACUUCAAACUCA